CGUUCGCGUUUUGCGAACAAUCUCUCCGAAUAAAGACAAAGUUUUGUCAGCACGGAGCUGUCAUGGACGGCGAGGAUCCGACCGCAGCUGCGAAGAAAGUCGAGCUGCAACACGUACUGGGAGUGACCGUCACAAACAGCUCCGCUCUAGACAAUGACCCUCAAACAGGAACCGUUGCCUACCCCGCCGGAUGCGUCGUCGUCCUUUACAACACCCGCAAGAACAAGCAGCGCCACCUGGUAUCCGACGCGAAGCGAAACAUCACCACCCUAUCAUUUUCCUAUGAUGGCAAAUACCUGGCCACUGGCGAAUGUGGAGUUGUGUCACACGUCAGGGUGUGGGAUGUCCAGAAACUGUCACAGGUUGCAGACCUAUCGGGUCACAAACAUGGGAUCAAUUGUGUGGCAUUUUCCCCUAACAUGAAGUACGUCGUGUCCAUCGGUUCUCAGCACGACAUGGUUGUCAAUGUCUGGGACUGGCGAAACAAGCAGAAAGUCGCAUCCAACAAAGUCUCCUGCAAGGUGAAAGCUAUUUCCUUUUCCGCUGGUGGAAAUUACUUCGUCACUGUUGGUAACAAUCAUGUCAAAUUUUGGUACCUGGAGUACUCUCGAUCCACAAAGUACAAGCUGGAACCUGUGCCUCUGAUGGGUCGAUCUGCUAUCUUGGGAGACCAGAGGAACAAUUACUUCUGCGACGUGGCGUGUGGACGGGGGGAAUCUGCUGACAGCACCUUCGCUGUCACCAAAUCCGGACUCUUGUGCGAAUUCAAUGGUCGGAGAUUGCUGGAUAAGUGGGUUGAACUAAGGAUCGCAAUGGCAUACAGCGUGUGUGUGGGAGAGAACCUCAUCCUAGUCGGCUGUUCCGAUGGCAUCGUCAGGUGUUUCAGCCCGCUCGAUCUCCGAUUCAUUUGCACUCUUCCUCGCCCUCACUAUCUGGGGGUCGAUGUGUCCAAAGGACUCACGGGAAGACAGGUAUCGUGCCAUCCUCCUGCUUCUAAGUAUCCUGACGUGAUUGCUGUUACAUUAGACGAAACCAACAAAAAGGUGACUUGUGUGCACAGCGAUCACAGCCUCUACGUGUGGGACGUAAAGGACGUCAAGAAAGUGGGAAAGUCGCAUUCCUUUUUAUACCAUAGUGCCUGCAUAUGGGGAGUGGAAACGUACCCGAAUCUGCCCGAGAGCAGCCCACUUCCAGAAGGUACAUUUUUCACUUGUGCCAGCGACGACACCAUUCGAAUAUGGAACCUGGAUCAAAAGGUUUUCCAAAACAGUGCCUUGAAGCGAAACAUUUAUUGCCACGAACUACUGAAAAUUUUGUACACCGAUCCCAAUUUAGUGUUCCUAUGUGAUAUCGACUUUCUUCCAGCCGGAACUAACGAGAAACUAGUUAAUUCGUACGAUGGUAGAAACGGUGUUCGAUGCCUGAAGAUACGACCGGAUGGUCAACAUCUAGCAUCUGGUGACCGGUCCGGUAAUGUAAGGAUCUAUGACUUGCAGUAUCUGGAACUUCUUUGCAAAAUAGAAGCCCACGAUGCUGAAGUUCUCUGUCUGGAAUAUUCGAACUUGCAAUCUUCUGAUUCGACUCAAUUAUUGUCAUCGGCGAGUCGGGAUCGGCUGAUUCAUCUGUUCGACGCCCAGAAGAAGUAUUCGUUUGCUCAAACCCUCGACGACCACACCUCAUCUGUGACAGCUGCCAAAUUCGUUCGAUGCGACAACGAUCUAUUCUUCGUAUCGUGCGGCGCCGAUAAAUCUGUGAUAUUCCGGAAAACGAAAUGGAAGCCUCAGGUAAAGGUGACUACAGAACAAACCCUGACAGAGAAGACGACUUUCUACGACAUGGAACAAGAUGUAUCCCAGAGCUACGUCCUCGCCGCCUGCCAAGACAGCAAAAUCCGAAUCUAUGACGUGCCCAGUGGGAAGUACGUGAGGUCGAUGCCUGGUGCGCAAGGAGACGGAACGCUGAUUAAACUUGCAAUGGACCCAAGUGGCAGGUAUUUAGCGACGAGUUCAACGGACAAAACCAUUUAUGUCUACGACUAUGUGAGCGGACUUUGCGUUGCUUCCAUGACUGGACAUUCCGAGCUGGUUACGGGCCUCAAGUUCAUGCCAUCUGGAAAGCAAUUAGUUUCCGUUUCAGGAGACGGGUGCAUUUUUGUGUGGAAGUUGAACAUCAAAACAUCCCAGCCUGUUGGUAAACCCGGUGAAACGACGACAAUUCCCAAUUCUUCCAGUAUCUGGCAAGAUUCCAGAAAUAACUCUGUAUCAGUGACCAAACCCGUGCCAAUCACACAUUCGUCUUCAGAUAAGGCUCCUUACGAUUUCAGCGAUGGACAGUUGCCGUCCUGGGCAAAGAAACAGAUAUCAGAGGACUGGAAGCCUGGGGGAAAGUCUUCCCCUCCCCCUAUGCAACCACGUGGCAGAUGGGCGCAGAGGCUGGAAGGGCAACAACUUAUCGUCAAAUCUUAUUCCUACACCGACUCUGUGAUUCCGAUCCCACAACCGACAAAUGAUCAAAAAACUGCCGAAGCGACCUUUAUGUGCUCUGAAACCGAGUCUACGAAUACACUUAGCAUCACAGAUGAAACCACACUCACUAAGCAGGUGUCUGUGAGCCGCACAGUCGUGCAGCAGCAGCAGCAGCGCGUCCGGCACCCUACGGAUUCUAGCAGCGCGAGCAGUGUUCGGCCGGAUGAUGGGGAUGCGGAGGAUGAGCGCUCGGACAGCGGAGCGACGGAGGUUGGCGAACAGCUGGUCUACUAUCCGCCAGAGGGGAAUGCAGAUUUCAAGGACAGUUCUUUCCAUAUUUAUGCGACGAAAGGAGAGAAACGGCCCGUGAAGAGUAAUAAGCAAAGCAGUGUACAGCGUUCUAUGUCUUCCUAUUGUGCUUCAGAUAAAACCGACGGCACGGAUGAGGACGAUUCCGGGACCCCCGGCGAAUCCGAGCUCUCCUACUCCAACUCCUUCAGCAUGAGUACCGAGAACCUGGAGAAGUUGGGGCUCAGGGAGCGAUUCAUGCUGGAGAACUUUGAGAACAUGGAUCACAACAACCAGGAUCAACCUAGUCACCGAAGUCGGUAUAGCAUCUCUUCCAAGCACCAUACUACCUCGAAUAAAGAUACCAGGUCCAACACUCUUGGUAGGAGAACUUCAACGAUGUCUUCCAAAAAGAGGGAGGAUCUUACCAGAGCUUUAAACGAUGCCAGAAAAAAACUGGAGACUCUCGGUUUCAAAGGCGGUUUGAGUUCCAGCAAAAGUGUUGGAGAUUUGAGCAAUGCCGGAGACAUCACAGAAGUCCGGGAAAAGCCAAGAUUCACUGCCAAAGAUAGUUUGAUUGACAUGAAAAGAAGUACUUCUUAUGGUGACAUCACGUCCACGAACCCACCCAGAAGGAGACUUCCUUACACUCCUCAACCUGGUGGCCAAAGUGCUCCUUUGUGGGAGCAAGCAAAGACUAUUCGAUUUGAUGACACGCCUUUGUCCUCGGAUUCUCCACAGUCUUACAAAUCCUCUACUCCGUCCAGAAACGUAAAAUUAAGUGCCAGUACCACAUGCUUGACCACUCCCACUACGACCAGACCCCAGUCGACCACGCCUUUCUUGCCAUCAGAAUCACCCAAUCCACUCAACAAGUCAAUGUCCAGCCUCACCAUCAACGUCAUGUCCAGGAAUACAUCGUCUGGUACCAGGCGCCUUUCAUUGACAGGGAUAAAUCGAAGGCCCAACUAUUCGGAUUCCUCCUCCUCCGAAGCAUCCCCCACCGACACUCGAUCGAAUACCCUGGUGCCGAGAGGCAUCGUUGCCAGAAGGAUGAAGGCAUUCUGCUCGGAACAGCUAGCCAAGAACAUUUCUGCGGAUGGUUCCGUCAAAAAACAGCGCCACAAGUCUGAGCGGGAGCCUGCUAAAUCGAAAAGCGAGUGGGACUUAAGGAAGUUGAAUGAAGAUAUAUGUCCGAGUCCGGUGAAGGAGAUGGAAUCGGAUCCCAAGUUCAAGGAACAGAGUCGGGUAGAUUAUAUGGAGCAGCUCGAGGCCAGUCCGAAUGACCUCCCGGUCAAAGAUGGCACUCCGAGCGUGGCUAGUCAUUACCUAGAUCUGAACUCCACGCCUUUAACGAAAGAGCUUUGUGAAAAGGUUUCGGAAGACCUCAAGAAAGUGACUUCUUUUGCGGUACAACUCUUCCAAAGGGUGACAGUCGAUUCACAGUUGACAACAGCAGAAAAAACGUCCAUGACGACGACUCUGGCACAAGGAGUUUGGCAGGCGCAGCAAAAUCUGCAGCCUACAGCUUUCGGAACGAGAUCUUCCACGGCGGAUUCCCAAGCAGAACCACGGGCAGCCAUGAUGCUUUUACAGCAAUAUUCCGACAAACUUUUGAGCCUCGUAGAACAAAGGAUAACGAAAGUAGAAAAGUGAUUUUAAUUCAUCGAAUCGCCACUUCAUUGAAGGAUCUCGACUUUGUCAUCUUCAUGCCCAGUUGUCUGAUCUCCCCGAUAGCCUUGGAUGGGACAAGAGAAGAAACGAGAAUCUUUCGUUGAGAACUAAAAGUACAAAAUACAUGUUUGAGCAGUUUCACGCUGUAUCGUUGCGAGUAACUAAGCAAAAAUAUAUGAUGUUGCUGACUUUAAUGAGUUAUUUUUAAUGAUAUGCUCUGAGUCGUGAAAAAAAAAGCUAUUCGAAAAGGUCUAUGAUAGCCAUUGCAACUAAUAACCAUUAUUGCUUGCACAGGUUUGCUAAUCCCAAUAACUUGAUUGUCUUGACCAAACAUACCUUACAAAUGUAAAUGCAAAAAUCAGCCUUAUCAAUUAGUUGAUUAAAUGAAAACAAAGUUAUAUUAUCUGAAUGCUUUGCUCAUCAUCGGUACUUAUACGUAUUAUCCUGUCGAACGUUUUCCACAAACAAAAACAAGCGCCAAACGGUAUAUCAUACCUCAAAUUGAUUUGAUUAAUAUACCUCUAGCUCCUGCUUAUAUAUGUGACGACAAGCAAACUGGAGGAUUCCAGAAAAAACUAAACACCAAAGGACUCAGAUACUUCCCCCAUUUUAAGAAAAUGAAGGUUUUGUCCCGAACUGAGCAACCAAAAUAAAAAAAAAAAAAACUGCCCUCAGUACACUACUACUCUUAAAUACUAAAUCAACUCAAAAUAUAUAUGUUCAGAUAAUAGUGUCCAUUCAAGUCAAAACAGAGCAAUGCAGGAAUUAUCAACUGAAGGAAAACAAAAUAAUCGAAAUUAAGCGCUUCCACAACUGAAAAUUUGCUCAUUUAAAUCGUAAUUUGAGGCAGUUAUCAAUGCAAUAUUACUAUUUUACUCAAACACAGACUAAUAAUUAAUUGCUUUCUGAGACCAACUGAUCAUUUUAAUACAAGAAUUAAUAAUUUUGUGAUAUCAGUAAUUUUAAGUUUGCAAUCAGUAAAUGAAAACAGAAUAAAUUUACUUGCAAAUAAUACUAUGAUUAUCCGACUAGUGCUUUUUCGGUUAUGAGAAACAACUCCCGGUGUUACAAAAACUAAUUGGAACAAAGAAAUGAUCAGAUUCAACUGAAGAUUACAUUUUGGCUCGUGGUUAAAUUUGCCGAGUGAAAUGUAUUCGGUUAACCGAUGUUUCAUUAGAUAGGUUUUCCGACAAUCGGUAGUCAACUGUGUUUUCACAAUAGAUGCAGUGAUAAGCAAGGGGAUGUAAGUGGACAUUUUCAAGUUUUGAGUAAAACGUGUUUAAAAAUAACAUCCUAGGUAGGCUUUCAUUGAUUUUUUUUUUUUCUUCUAAAUCAUGUUGAACAGCAGCACCUACUAGGGUUAAGUACUAUCUCUUGCCCCAAGACGGAGAAGAUGUUCCCCUACUAUUUGUACAGGUUAUCUCAAAUUUUUUAAUUUUGCCGCUUACAUCUCGUUGCUUCUCGCUGUCUCAUUUGUGUGAUGUUUUAUGAGAAAUUUUCUAUAUCUAGAUGAUGCGAGAUUAAAUAUUAAUAACACUGAAUAAAUGGAUGAUAUAAACUUAAAUCUAUUUAUUGCAUCUUGUAAUGUCAUAAUAUUUCAUUAUUUCUUUUAAGAUCCAUGGAUAAUUUGAUAGUGAUGUAAAAAAUACUGUUGCUUUUGAUUUUGUAUCUGCAUCAUUUCUAUCAUAAUUAGGGGAAGUAUUAAGAAUCUUAAUUCUCUUGGCCACGUCCGCUCAACUCCACAGACCAACCCGAGCAUAUUCGGGUUUGCCAGCAAGAGGGUUUAAGAUUUGCCUUUCAAAAAUGGCCUUAAAAGUAUAUUUUGUUUGAGUGGAAGGUAUGGUUUUAACAGAUCGACUGAUGGUUGUGAAAACUUUUAAAUGAAUUCGGAUGCCAUUUCAUUUUUUAGAUGAAGACUGCGACUUUUUUGUAACAAAAAUAAUUUAUCUGACGACAAUGUAUAUAUGAAAUGUUGAUAUUGUUGCUCAAUU